AUGGCUAUGGACGUAGAACGCCUGAUCGAGUGUGUGAAGAAGCACGUUUUCCUCUACGACUUGGGACAUACAGACUACAAGAAUACUACAAGAAAGGCGGCCGUAUGGGAGAAAAUAGCCGUACAAUUAAACGAGAAUAGUGAAACAGUAAAAUUGAAAUGGAAAACGGUAAGAGAUGGCUACAUAAAGUUCAAAAAACAACAAAAAGAGGGCAACAAGAAGGUCAUCAACUACAUAUGGAGCUCACAAUUAAAAUUUCUAGAUGAAUAUCAAGUAUCACGGAAAAGUAAAAACGCAAAUAUGUCGUUGGCAUCAGCUUUGGAGCUAUCAGAAGAUGAAUCGGAAACACCGUCGCAGUCGUACUCGCCUGCCUCCAUACUUAUUCCUUCGCCGUCAGACUCUGGCCCGUUUCGCAGUUCGCAAACUCCACGUCGUAAAAGAAAAACACAAGAUCAGGAAAAAAGUCUAAGCUACCUUAGAUCCAAAAAGGUAAAGAAAGAAGUAGAAAAUUAUGAUGCAACGGAUCAUUUAUUUUUAAGUUAUUCACAGACAUUCAAAACAUUCUCGCUUAGACAGCAAGCUUUGUUAAAAGUUGAACUUGCAAAAUUAUUUUCGAAUGCCGAGUUGAAUGCGUUGCAGAGUUGUAAGGAUUUACAGGAAUCGCUAGUCGCAGGAUCUUCGCCAGGGUACACUACCACCAACCAUAACGAUAACCACAGUAUUGUAUCAGGAGAUAUUCAUACCGUCGAUGUCGACGAUGAUGAAAGUGAAGAUGACGAAAUUGAGUUUGUGAAUCCGACGCAUGCUAAUGGCAGGCGGUCGAAACGCUCCCGUACCGCUAGUGACACCACUGGUUAG